AUGUCAAAAAGCGAUGAAGAAAUAGUAAAAGAAGAGCCAAAAGACGAACAGACCGCGAAACACUUGCACAAACUCGCCGAGACUGGCAAAGAGCAAGGACUUCCAGCGUGUGUUGUGGCUCAUUAUGAAAAGAAGGCUUGGGAAGCUACAAAAAGCGACGAGAAGUUCACAAGUUGCGAGAAAUGCGGAAUGCCACCACCAGCGCCACUCGAUUCGGCAAAAAAAAUCGAGUCGGAUCUGUCGAAAACCUGCGCCACCUGCGAUCACGUGAACAAGAAAGCGAUCGGUACCGAGUCGGAGCUCGCCGAGCAAGCUAAGAAGGAGGAGAUUCUGAAGAAACAGGAGGAGAGACCAGUGCUCAAACGUAAAUCUGACGAGAGACGGCGCCCUGCGUAUCCGAAUCGCAGAAUGUAUAGUCCAGUGAGAAUGUUGGCUCGGAAAGUGACUCCACAAUGCGGCCCACCAAAAAACUACCAACGUCCAGUCAAAAAGACGAAGCUCGUCGAGGAAAAAGAGCCCGAAUUCCUUCAGCAACUCUUCGGAAUCGGCGCUAAGGAAGCCUAA